AGGUUAGCCACGUUCUUUUCUUCUAUUUAAACGGCCACCUAUUGCUCGAUCGCUUCGAUAUCGCCUGGCCGCUGAGCCUCGCCGGAGACCUUGAUUCGCAAAGAGGAUGAGUUACUACAACCAGCAGCAACCGCCGAUCGGAGUUCCUCCUCCCCAGGGGUACGAAAAGGAUGCCUACCCACCGCCUGGCUAUCCUCCGGCCGGUUAUUCGCCUCCGCAGGGUUAUCCUCAGGCUGGGUACCCGCCUUCGCAGGGUUACCCUCCGGCUGGGUACCCGCCUAACUACGGGCAGCCGCCGCCCCAGCAGCAGCAGAGAAGCGGGUCUUCGUUCAUGGAAGGAUGCCUGGCUGCUCUGUGCUGUUGCUGCCUUUUGGAUGCAUGCUUCUGAUCACGGGCUUCCGAGGAUGAGGAAAGAGGAUGAUUUCUCUCUUCUGGCCAGAAACAUUGAUUAUCAUUUGAUUUCUUCAGCGUCCAUUGAAGUUCUACUUUUGCUUCUGUUUUUUUUUUCUUUUUCUUUCGUUAUUGUAAAGUUGGAAUGCUUGAUUGAUAUCAGGCUAUGGUAAGUUGUCGAUUUGGAUGAUUAAUAAGUUUGUUAUUCUGAUUGAUUGCUUUUCAA